UAGAUGACCGCCUAGGAUCUGGCUUACACUUCAAAAUGAGCCAUGGAGAGGAGGAGGACAGUAUCUCUGAAAUCAGCCACGUUUUGGGGGAAGAUGAGUCUGAAAAGGGAACAUCAAAUGAAGCCAGAUACCCUGUGGGCAUGAGGGUAGUGGGAUCUCACUCACCUGUGCCCAGUGCUCUGUCAAUGCAGACUGACCAUUCCAAGGGUAUCCCACCAGAUUUGAGCAAGGUGACUGAGCCCAUGGAAUCGAGUGUCAGAAAUUGGACUGGCCUGGUAGAAACCCAUCUGCACCUGCAUUCCCCAAAGAGAUCUGGAGACACAACCUGUGACGUCUGCCGUGAGGAAAAGGCCAGAGCUGUGAAGUUCUGUCAGACUUGCUCUGCCUUCUACUGUGAAGCUCACAUCAGAGACCAUUACACUGCAGAAGCACUGCAGGGCCAUAAACUAGAGGAGAUCACUGAAGACUUGGUCUCGAACCCCUGUAUCCAGAAAGAAGCAAAACAUCAUUCAAUCUCUACGGCUUCAGAGCAGGUUGAGACACAGUCACCAGUGGCAGAUGCUCAAUCUCUGCACCAAAAUUGCCAGAAACAAGAAAGGAUGUGCAAACCAACCAGUAUCUUUCAGAAGGAGUCAUGGAUAAAAGGCUUACCCAUUUAUAUAACCUUUGGGUGUGUCCUGGCCAUGACACUCUUGUUCAUCAUUUGUACUCCAAAAGAGUCUGGAAGGAGACCAGCAUCUCAUGAUCUGAGGAUUGUGCUGGUAGGCAAGAGUGGAGCAGGAAAAAGUGCAACUGGAAACACCAUCCUGGGGAGAGAAGUCUUUAAACAGGUGUUUUCCCCUGUGGCAGUGACCUUAAAGUGUGAGACACAUAGUGGGGUGGUGGCAGGGAGGAAUGUUACUGUGAUAGACACACCUGGGAUCUUUGACAUAUAUCUUUCUAAUGAUAAAAUCAAGUGUGAAAUGGUAGAAAGCAUCAACCACUUGUUCCUGGUAGUGAUCAGACUUGGGAGGUUCACGGUGGAAGAGAGGGACACUCCAAAAUGGAUCCAGGAGAACUUUGGAGGAGAUGCUUUGCAGUACUCAAUGGUGCUCUUCACUGGAGGAGAUAAGCUGAGUACACCAGUGGAGGAGUUUCUGAGAAAAAGCAUUGGUCUUCAGGAAAUAAUCAAUAGCUGUGGCGGCGGAUAUCACGUCUUCAACAACAAAGACAAGAACAACCGCACUCAGGUUACAGAGCUGCUGGAGAAGAUUGAAGCAGUGCUAUUCAAAAUGACAGGAUACCAUCAUGCCACUAUGAUGAUCCAACAGGUUCAAAGACAAAUACAAGCAGAGGAGGAGAGAAAGAGAGAGAAGUCUGAGAGAGAGAUCAGAGCAGAGGAAGAGAGAAAGAGAAAAGAGUCUGAGAGAGAGAUCAGAGCAGAGGAGAAGAGAAAGAGAGAGGAGUCUGAGAGAAAGAUCAGAACAGAGGAAGAGAGAAAGAGGGAGGAGUCUGAGAGAGAGAUCAGAGCAGAGGAGGACAGAAAGAGGAAGGAGACAAGUAAUUCAGCUCAAUUUAAAGCUGUACUAAUGGUACUAAUUGGAGUAAUUCUUACUGUAGUGAUAACAGUGGUAUUUGGAAAACACAAAAUCCAAAAUAUAGAAGUAAAGGAAAUAAGAAAGAGGGAGGAGACUGAGCGAAAGAUCAGAGCAGAGGAAGAGAGAAAGAGGGAGGAGGCUGAGCAAGAGAUCAGAGCAGAGGAAAAGAGAAAGAGGGAGAAGACUAAGCGAGAGAUCAGAACAGAGGAAGAGAGAAAGAGGAAGGAGACUGAGCGAGAGAUCAGAGAAGAGGAGGAGAGAAAGAGGAAGGAGACUGAGAGAGAGAUCAGAGCAGAGGAAGAUAGAAAGAGGGAGGAGACUGCAAAAAAGAUCAGAGCAGAGGAGGAAAGAAAGAGGGAGGAGGCUGAGAGAGAGAUCAGAGCAGAGGAGGAGAGAAAGAGGAAGGACACUGAGAGAGAGAUCAGAGCAGAGGAGGAGAGAAAGAGGAAGGACACUGAGAGAGAGAUCAGAGCAGAGGAGGAGAGAAAGAGGAAGGACACUGAGAGAGAGACCAAAGAGAUUGCACUGAAACGCAGACAGACGUAUGAAAGAGAAAUGAGAGAAGAGAUGGAGGAAGUGAAGAGGAAUUUUGGAGCUCAUAGAGAACAAAGCAAAAACUUAAAUCCUGAAAUGCUGAUUGCAUUAAAAAUUUGGGAAGAUAAAAUGAUGUAUGAUAGCGAGAUCAGAAAACAGGAAGAGAGAAUGAAGGAGACUGUGAGAAAGACCAUAGAAGAGAAGACAAUGGAAGCUGAGAAAAAGUUCAGAGCAGAGGAGGAAGAAAAGAGGAAGGCGACUGAGGAAAAGAUUAGGCAAGGGGAGGAGAGGCUGACGAAGUUAGAGAAUGAGGUCAAAGCAAAGGAGAAAAAAUGGUUGCCUUGGUAAGGAUAAAAAAUACACCCAACAGAUACACGUCAAGGAAGAGAAAAUGAGAGAAGAGUCAGAGAGAACAAUCAGAAAUGUUACACAGAAAAAGAAACUGAUUUAUGUCAGUGAGAUGAGAUGGAAAAAAUAAGAAGGAAUUCUACAGUUUAUAGAGAACAAAAUAAAGAGGUCCAAAAACCAGCAGGGUUAGUGUAGGAAUGUUGUACAGUUUUAUGAAAAUCAAAUUGUUUCAGUAUAAAAUUUUCAUUAAUAUUCAUGAAUAUUGUGCACUUGUAAAUUUAAAUUCAGGCAAUAACCUGCUUGUAUACACAGGUCAUCAACAAAGAAAAUGCCCCUGAGUCCAACAGUAAAUCUCAAGCAAAUAUUUAAACAGGAAAACCGAACGCGAAACCGAAGUGCAAACUGAAUACAGGGCAUUGCCCAGCGAACACCACUCCUACUGCAUGGUGGUUGGCGGUGACAUUGUGACAUCAUAGUUAUGCUUCUGUGUAGCAGGAACUGGUAAGCUUGUUAUCAAAAAGACUCAAAGCUGCUGUAAUUGAUGCCCGAGGUACACCUACCAACUGCUGCCUCAGAGGCUUGGAUACUUGAACAAUCAACAUCUUUCCAAUUUGGAUUUUGCCAUUAGUUUUCUUGCAUUCAGGUUUCAGUUUUGAGAAUGGACACAAACACCUGUGGAUUUUUUCCGAUAUGACGCAAGAGUGAAACUUGAGUUUUUUUUUCUCCUAUCACUCAUAGAUAAAAACUUUUAAGUGGUAUGGUAUGAGGUGGUACGAGGGUACACAAAAGAAAAAGUGGGCAAAUACUGAUAGAUUUGAUACUAUAUGUUGUGGUGGAGGCUUUUCAUUUAUUUUCUGUUAAAUAUCUGUUUCCUACAUAAUUGUGUGAAACUAAAAAAAAUUAUUUGCUCUGGCUGAUUUGACUGGAAAUUGAAUAAACAAAAUAGUGGCCUCUG